UAUAUCAUACAAAUCCUCACUUAAAGCCUUUGAAAUUUACAACUGGUGAUUUGCCAUGCACCACUCAAUUGAGUACUGAGACAUAAGCAGACCAGCUGACAACCAAGUUCUUUAUCAGACACUGUUCCGAACACUCAGAAUCAAAGAACCAACAAUGGAUGAAAUCAACAGCGCGAUUGCUGACUCGUUCAUCGAUUUGACAGCUGGCAUGAGAUACCCAAUGAGAAAUUAUCUUGAUCUCAAGAAAAUCUCAACCAUCUUGAGACCUUUCCCAAGAAUGAGUCAAUUUCUGCAAACUGUGAGGAUUCCUUACAACAAAGAUGAACGGAGCCAGUUUAUUUCUGCUCUGCACCACCCGAAGAGUUAUCUUUGUGGGAUCAAUCUUGCUGACGAUAAACUCAUAUCAACUGCUGUGUUGCUCAGGAACCACACUGAAAUCGGCCAGAAGUUCACUACUGAGUUUUCAGAUUGGAGACACAAAAACAAAGACAAAAUCAGACCCUUCGGGUUUGUCACUCCGCAUUGCUUUAUCGCUCAAGCAAAACUUGCGAAGAACCAGGACGAGCCUUCUGGCUCCAUGAUCUGAAGCAGCGCUGCCAUCAAAAAGUAUCUCAGUAAAUAUGCUGACGCUUUUACAAAGCUGUUUGCAUCAAAGCAGUUUGUCCAUGUGUAUCUGGAACAAGGCAUGGAUGAAAUGGAGUUCACAGAAGCUGAGUCCAAUGUCAGCGAUCUUAUCUCAGAAUACACAGAAUACUCAGGCAAUUACUACUCGGAUGGUGAAGGCGAAGGAGAACUUGAUACUGAAGACUAAUCAACUGCUCAACUUCUGAUGUUUACUGCUGUUGUGUCAUCUCUGAGACUUUA